AUGGUUUCUAAAAAGCAACCAAAUUAUUAAAAGCAAAUCUAUAAGCAAUAUCAGCAAGUUAUUUAACCAUAAAACAUACAGCCUAGGCAAAUUUAGCACCAAUUGUCUUAAACCCAGACGAUAUAGCCUUUUCAUCAGAUAAAAAAAUCAAUUGAAAAUUAAUAGAAAUCUAUGUCAUGUUUCUCAGAAAGCAAAUAGGAUCAAUCGAAUAAUGAAAUUCAAGAUCAGUUAAACAUGAUCUAGCCUGCCAAAUAUUUGAAUUCCAAUUAAAAAAGUUUAAAUAACAAAAGUAAUAGAAAUUCCCUCUCUUAAGACAUUAGUUUUAAUAUGAAUGUCCAACCUCAAAAUGCAAUUAGUAGUUCAAGAAAAAAAAUUUCAUUUUAAAAAUAGCAGCCAAAGAGUUCAGCAGGAUUCAAGAAAAUGUAAACGCCCUCUAAAAUAGCUUAGAUACCUAGUCUGACAGAAGAAAAAAGAUCAUAUAAGCAUGAAGUAGAUACUAAUGUAUUCUCAAUAUCCUUAGGUUGUCUAAAAUAUGGUACUGAACUUGCAAUUGGUAACCCUAUAUAUUUCUAAAACUCAUUUAACACUGAUUGCGAUAAUUGCCAGGGAAUCUUUAAUAAAUUUAGUAUAAUUGCUUAAGAAAACUCAUAACAAGUCUGGAAUUGUGAAUUCUGCUAUCACAAAAAUUUAGUAGAUAUAGCAUAGGAAAAUAUUCCAAAAAGUGACACAAUCGACUAUAUCCUAGAAACACCUUUUAAGGAAGAGGAGGAAAAAGAGAUAACCAACAAUCUAUAGUCUUAGAAUGACAUCUCCGUUGUUUAUUGCUUGGAUAUCUCUGACAGUAUGAAUAACAUUGCUCAUUAGUAAUUCGUGCCAAAAGAUUAGAAAUUAAUAUCACUUUCAAAAGCUUGGAGUAGGCUAGAUUGUGUAUAUUCAGUAAUUUCAGCAGAAUUCAAGGAAAUGGCAAAAGAGCAUCCUAACAGAAAAGUUGGAGCAGUCACAUUUGGUGAUAGAAUAAGUAUUAUUGGAGAUGGCCAGAGAAAUACAGAAGAAAUAUCAUACAAAUAACUUGGAGAUUAUGAGCUUAUAGUAAGUAAAAGUAUUGCUUGUGCUAAAAAAUAAUUCUCUAAUCCUAUAUCUCAAUGCUGGAGUCCAUUAAUAUAUAAAAUUGUUAAGGUUAAUACUGAGAGAAACACAGCACUAGGUCCUGCAAUUCUAUCUUCAAUAUCAAUAGCAGGAGAGGGAUCAUCCGGAUCUUAGGUUAUUGUCUGCACUGACGGUAUUGCAAAUAUAGGUCUAGGAGCUCUCAAUAAGCCUCAGAAUAAAUUAGAAUCUGCUUAAUUUUACUAGAAAUUGGGUGAAUUAGCUUAAGAAAAAGGAGUAACUGUAAAUAUAGUCACACUUAUUGGUCAAGAUUGCAAAAUUCAUGAUAUUUCACCAGUAGUUGAAUUGAGUGGAGGUCAAAUCGAAAGAGUUGAUCCUGUCGAGCUGAGAGACAACUUUAUGAAGAGAUUUAACAGAAAAGUUUUAGCAACAAACGUUUGUCUAAAGGUAAAACUUCACAAAGCUCUAUAGUUUAGAAAUGAGGUUGACUAAAAUCUAAGCUGUAAUAAAACAAUCUUGACUAAGCAAUUUGGAAAUAUCAAUGAAGACACAGAUGUGACAUUUGAAUACAAAUUAAAGUCUGUCAAGGAUCUUAUUGAAAUGCAAGAUUUUGAUUUGACUUAGCUUAAUCAGCUGCCAUUCUAAGUCUAGAUUUAUUAUACUGCAUUAAAUGGCUCAAAAUGCAUGAGAGUAAUUAGUUCCCAGACAUAAAUUUCAAGUGAUAAGGAGUUUCUUGAGAAAAAUGCUAAUAUUGAGAUUCUGGGACUUAAUGCAAUUUAAUAGAGCUCAAAGUUAGCUAGGCAAGGUUACUACGAGACAGCUAAAGUAGCUGCUAAGGCUUGGUAUAAUAAACUAGAAAGAAUAGCUCAAGAUAAUAAUAAUAUGGCCUAGAUAGAGUAAUUUAAUAACUUUAAACAAAAAUUCGAAGUUGUCUAUGGAGUCUUUAAACAAGAGAAUGCGUAGUAUAAAAGUGAUAGAGUAAGCUAGAUACUAUUUUCAAACUCCAGAAUUAACAGGGCUUAAUUUUAGAAUAAGAUUUGA